AUGGCUUCACCAAACCUUGUGCGAAAUUACAAAACACUCAGCCCCGAUUCACCUUCGAUUUUGCAGCCUCUGGAAUCAUUUCACCAGUUUCCAAAGCUUCCGAAUGAACUUCGAGAUAUCAUUUGGAAUUACGCUCUGACGCCACAACUCGUAAAGCUACGCGAAGUCUUCGUGGACAUUCCUAGAGCCGCCGAGACAGUACACAAAGCAGUAACAUUUAUAAAGACAAGCAAGAACCAUGCUCUCUUAUGCACGUGCCAAGCUUCUCACGCGGUCGCUCCGAAGAAGUACGGCCAAUACAAAAUGACUACGCUAGAGCCUAGGAGGCCUUCGAAAGAAGAAAUUCAAGCAGCCCAGGAGCUAGCUUCAACAAUUUACUUUGCACCGCUAGUGGAUACUAUGUAUCUCCCAAGAUUCCAUGAUAUCUUUAACUUAGUUUCAGCAGUCGAUAUCACAGAGAAGAACUUUGAAGGCCCACCACAAAGCCUGAGUCAGAUACGCUCCUUGGCGUUGGGAGGCCGUAACCCCUCACCACUCAAGCACAACAACAGUACAACACCUUUUGACUGUAGCGAGGCCAACUUUGACGACGAUGAUUCAGUGCGUGGUGUCAUGCUUGCGAAAGAACUUUUCGAUCUUCAAAAUCUUGAAGAAGUCAUUAUCGUCACUCCACCGGCAAACGGCCUCGCCAGCCCACGAAAUGACGACUCAUUGGAUUUCACUGGUGGUGCAAUAAUUGACCCCAAAGUCUACAACAAGUGCAUCAAGUGGAUGCAAGUCGAACUCCAGAAAGAGCUUAAUAAGAAAUUCAAACAUGAACAGCACUGUGAAAUAUGCAACCAUCAUAAUUCCUCGAGAAACCUUCCAAUACGCUCAGCUUGGUGGAAAGAUCCAAAAGUUACACCAAUGUCUAGAGAAGAGUUCCGUGCUCGCUUCGGUCAAGAUCCAUGA